UCUUCAUCCUGUGUAAUCCAACAUGACCACAAGAAACAAGAAGACAAGAAAGUUGAGGGGACAUGUCAGUCAUGGACAUGGUCGUAUAGGAAAACACAGGAAGCAUCCUGGUGGUCGUGGUAAUGCUGGAGGUCAGCAUCAUCACAGAAUUAACUAUGACAAAUACCAUCCAGGUUACUUUGGUAAAGUUGGUAUGAGGUAUUUCCACAAGACUCUUAAUAAGUUCUUCUGCCCGUCUGUCAAUGUGGACAAACUUUGGUCACUGGUGUCAGAUAAGACCCGGGAAACAUACAAAGAUAAUAAAGACAAGGCCCCAGUCAUCGAUGUUGUGCGAGCUGGAUACUACAAGGUUCUUGGGAAAGGUCAUCUCCCCAAACAGCCUGUUAUUGUAAAGGCACGUUUCUUCAGCCGAUCAGCGGAACUGAAAAUCAAGAAAGCUGGAGGAUGUUGUGUUUUGACAGCAUAAAUUGUGUAUAAAUGUGGUCAGACUUUCAUUAUUAAUAAAAGUAAUGAAAGUAA